UCAGGUCACUGACUUCACUAACAAUAAUCUCUUAGUUAGCUCGUUUCUCAAUGAGUCGUCUUCCCGGAGUGUGCUUCCACUAGCCUGGGGGUAAGAAUGUCGACUAAUAACAGCAGCAAAACUGCUGAUAACAAAUCCGAAUUUCCAAUAAUCAGCAGCAUCAAAGCUGCUCCUGCCAGUUCCGUACCUACCGAGCCCAGAAAUCAGGCGCUUCUCCUGAGCUUGCUGACUUGCAACCUGGAAAUUCAAAACCUGAUGUUUCAGCGGCAAUAUCCGUAAUAAGCCAGGCUUCAAAUAAGAACUCGAAUUCGGAAUCCACUUUGCAGGAAGCAGCAGCAGCAGAAUCCUCGUCCCGUGCUGCAGCGACCAGCUGAACCGUGACGGUGAAAGAAAGAAAGAAUCUCACAAGCCCCAAGGUUCAAUCUGCUGAAUUUGCCUCAGAGUACCACGCAAGCAGGGAAGCACGUCAACAGGAGUCUGAGACAUUUCAAAAGAGCCUGAGCUAUCCGGCGAGUGUCGUCGGGAGAGGAGAUGAUGCCCCGGCUGUGGGGUCUCCAGAGCCUGAACGUGAUCUUAGGCAGAACUCCCAGGCCUGAAGCAGCAACAGCAGCAACAGAAGCAGCAGCAGCAGCAGGAGGAAAUGGAGGAGAAGCAGAAGCAGCAGCAGCAGCAGCAGCAGCAGCAGCAGCAGCAGCAACAGCAACAAAUUUCACAGUCCAGCCCCAGUGUUCGUCCAUUCAGCAGCAUUAUCCCGAGGACAUCCGAGGCAUGUACAACGGUCCAGUCAAGCGAUUCUGCAGCAGCCGUGUCAGAAUCUGCUUUUGAUGCGCCUCAAAAGCAGACAUCCAAGGCAUGUACAACGGUCCAGUCAAGCGCUUCUGCAGCAGCCGUGUCAGAAUCUGCAUUUGAUGCGCCUCAAAAGCAGACAUCCAAGGCAUGUACAAUGCUUCAGUCAAGCGCUUCUGCAGCAGCUGUGUCUAAAUCUGCUUUUGAUGCGCCUCAAAAGCAGACAUCCGAGGCAUGUACAAUGGUCCAGUCAAGCGCUUCUGCAGCAGCCGUGACAGAAUCUGCCCCAACCACAUCAGUCGCCCCGUUACCAAAGGAGUGCGUCACCUCUGCAGCUGGCAGAAGUAUUCCAAGGACAUCUGGGAUAUCCACUGUAGCAGUUCAGUCAAGUGCUUCGGCAGCAGCUGUAUCAGCCGAAUCUGCACCAACAACAUUAGUCGCCCCGUUACCAAAGGAGUGCGUCGCCUCUGCUCCAAGCAACCGUAUUUCAAGGACAUCUGGGACAUCUACAGUCAAGUGCUACUGCAGCAGCCGUUUCAGAAUCUGCAUCAACGACAUCAGUCACCCCUUAACCAAAGGAGUGCGUCGACUCUGCUCCAAGCAACCGUAUUCCAAGGACACCUGGCACAUCUACAGUAGUCCUGUCAAGUGAUUUUGCAGCAGCCGUUUCAGAAUGUACAGCAAUCGAGUCCGUCACCUCUGCAGCAAACAAAUCAGAUGUUCCAUCGAUGGGCACGAGCAGAAGUGGCUGUGCCACUAGCAAUCUCACGACAACCAGCAGCACGGACGCAAUUCCCCGUGGCAGCAUACCCACUAUUCCCAAUUUUUGAGGCGCCUCAAAAUAAUCCCACGACAACCAGCAGCACGGACGCAAUUCCCCGUGGCAGCAUACCCACUAUUCCCAGCAGCAGUGCCGUUAUCCCUAGCAGCAGCAGCACAGUGAAACGCAUCGCCAGCACCACACCAACCUCUGCUUGUGGUAACUCAGUUACCACCCGGACCACUGCCUUCACCAGCAGCAGCAGCAAUACUGCGUCUGCCUUGGGUUCGGGGAUGAGUUACAGGGAAAGCAGUACUGCUGCUGCAGUUGCUCAAGCAGCAGCAGCAACAACUAUCAAGCAGGAUUACAGUGAUUAUAACGACCAUAAGGAUGAUGACUAUAAGGAGGGUAAACGAGAGAAGAAGAGCAGUGCAGGCGGCAAGAAGCAUCACCAGCACAGCCACCACCACAAGCAACAGGGUUACCAUGUAACCAGCAACAGAUGGAGAAGGAACCUGUACCGAGUGGCACCGAAUCUCGCCAUGUGCGUGCUCCUACUGGUCGUUCUGGGUAGCAUAAUCCACCAGCUAGUGGUGGUUACCACCUUGUACAGUGACGAAUACGCCUCCCUGGGAGAUUUCAGCAGGGGGGAACGGAGGCGACGCUAUAUCAAACGGUCUUAUAAUCGCAAGAGACAGUCUGGUGUUGGGGUAAAGCUAGAAGAUAUCUGGGCGGAUAAGGAAGGGGAUGGGGGAGAGGAAGCGGAGGGAGAAGAUAGCCCAUGGGAUACCCGCAAACGUUACAGAAUCUUCUCAGAAAGAGAGGAGGCUUGGGCCGGAGCGGCAGAGGCAGAUGCAGGAGCUGCCUUGGACCUGCCGAACCUGCAGGCUCGGAGACUGCGCAACCGAGGCUUGUUCCGAAGCAGAUGGGAGCAAAAGGGCAGUAAGAAGAGUCCAGGGGACGCUGAUGGGGCAGGCGAGGGUCAACGCAAAGACCAGGAAGGCAACGACAACAAGUACAACUAUUACCAUCACCAUCACCAUCACCAUGACCAUGACUACCCCUUGUAUGACUUGGCAGAUCCUAGAGCACAGCUGCGGAUGUGCAGCAGCAGCAGCAGCAGCAGCAGAGAGAGUCCCAGCGCCACGUUCCUCAAGGGCUGGAUCCUGCACGGCGACUCCGGAGGUGCAAAUGGCAGGGCUCAGGGGGAAGCAGGCCAGGGAAGCGAAAAUGCAGGGGACGCAGGAAGGGUGGGAGAAUCUGGGGCCAGGAGCGUGGGGGGUACACGUGGGAAGGCCCAAGUGGUGGAGAUGACAGUCUUUGAAGCUGAGCUGGUGCACGUUCCGCCUGCCUUCGCCCUCAAUGCGGCGGUUGUGGAGGGAGAGGAGGGGCGUGAGCAAGGCGAGCAGAAGCAAGCGGAGCAAGAGCAGCAGAAAGAGAAGCAGCAGGAGCAGCAGGAGAAGCCGGAGCCAGACCUGAUUUUUGGAGAAGUGCACUUGAAAAGCACAGCUUUUCAUCAAAGGCAGCAGCAGCAGCUGCAGCAGCAGAUGGAGAAAACGAGGCAAGAGCAGCAAGAGAAAGGCGGGAAAGUAGGCAGUAGUACCUGGCAACUGGGGCAAGGAGAACCCCCCUCCUCCACCGUCCCUGUGAUACGCAUCCUCGCUUUUCUCGAAGACCAAGAGUCCCGCAGCACAGCCUCCCGUCGCACCACCCUCAGCGCCUUCUACACCCCUCAGCAGCCCCUCUUCUCCUGCCGGCUCUGGCCCUCCCACGACCCUAUCGCGCAAGCGGAUCCGCCUAUAGUGGAGCGGAUGGUCCGGGACGGGGGCAGCACGGCGUGGUAUGUGGUGCUGCUGUGUCCGCUGUCUGUUCCCCCAGAGCAUGUGUUGAUGAGGGCGGGGGAGAUGCAGGUGCAGCUGGUGCCGGCUCAGGAGGGAAGGGCGUUCUCGUUACAGAUGGACCCGAUACUGCUUUGUGGGACGGAGCCUUUGCCUCCCCCUCCAGGCAUUGCUGAUGCGGAAUCAGCUGCAGCAACAGACGCAGGAGGAGGAGCAAAGGCAGGGGCAGGGGUAGCAGCGAUAGCAGCAGUAGCAGCUGGAAGAAGGAGGGGGAGGGGAAUAGGAGGAAGGAUGGGGAGAGGAGAGGGGGAGAGACGGGGGGGAGGUGGGGGAGGAGGGGGGCGUGAUAGAGAAGGGAGUGGUGAAGGGGGGUCGAGAAAGGAGGAGGGUUUGGCAGUUUGUGUGCGGCCGUUUUACUCUCACGGGCUGUUCUCUACCAAGACAUCUUUUCCCGAGGCGUCCAUCCGCGAGUGGCUUGACGUCCACACUCUCCUCGGCGUCCACCGCUUCUACCUCUAUGACCGCUUCGGCUCUGCCGCCCGUCCCUUGCUGCGCCCCUGGAUUCGCCAGGGGCUGGUCGUCCACGUGGCGUUCCCUUAUUGGUCCUCUGUGUUCGUCAAUCCACCCGCCCGCGCUCAAGCCCACGUGCCGGACAGCCCUCCCUACCCCGAGCUCUACGACCAAGUCAUUGCCUUCCAGCAUUGCCUCAUGCUGGCCCGGCGCAACCGUGACCGUUGGAUCGCCGCCCUGGAUCUAGACGAGUUCCUCUCAUACCCACACACCCAGCCUCACCUCCUCCCCUCAGUCAUCUCCAAACUGGAGGGAUCCUCCCAGUCAACCGAAGCACCACACCCCUUCCAGUCAGCUCAAGAGCCAGAGCUCUUCUCGUCAACUAUUCGACCUCAGCUCCUUGCUUCAGGCAUUAAACAACGUGGCAUUUCCACAGAGGGAGGGGGAGGGAGGAGGGCAGCAGGGGGUGCUGAUGGGGGCGAAGCGUGGUGCAUAGUAGUUGGGAGGGUGGAGAUGUUUAAAGCAGGACAAGGAGAUCCGUUGACAGAUGAGCUGAAUAUUGCUGAAGGAGGGGGGCGGGGAAAUGGUGGAGGGGGGGAUGGUUGGGGCAAUGGCGAAGAGGGGGUAGACAGAAGGGGAGGAAGUGUUGGAUCACAGGUGCUGCGUUGCCAGGGAGUGGCAAAGCCCCAUCUCUCCGCAUCUGAGCGAUUCCUACCCAAGGCCUUCUAUCGCCCAUGUUUAUUGGCAGCUUUUGAGCCAUUGAAUCCAUGUCCUUGCCCCAACUAAUUUCAAGCCCUUCAAAUUUGAAAAGAUAGAGGGAUUAUUGCAACUGUAGCUAAGGGCUUGAAGUGGCCUUAUGGGAGAGGUAAUGUCCACUCCAUUUGUGAGGUCGCAUGGUACUGCUGCAGAGUACAGCGCUCAACGUUUAGCGAAUGUACGAGCCUGCUGUUAGCGAGCCUUUUAGGGCUACCAUACCAUCCCAUGGAGGUUGGUGCAUCCAUCGGGUUUGUCGCGUGUUUGUAUGUUCAGGGCGUGUCCAGCGCGUUCGUUUUUUGUCAAAACCCUACCCAACCGUUUUAGA